ACAUGGUGUUCAUAUAAAUAUAAGAGGUCUAUGGUAGUGUCCGUUGAUGGUCUGUGGGUUGUGUUGUGAUUAAAUUUUAGGUUUUAUAUUUGAAAUGAGUUGACAUGGAGGUAGACGAUGAGGAUUUGGCGGAUCUUGUCUCCCAGUCUUCAUCUGAAUCUGAUCAACAGAAUCCUGAUGACACCACCACUUACUCUGAUGAGGAAAGUUCGAAUUCUGAACCAUCCAGCCUACCAUCAGUGAAUCAAGAACAAUCUGAAAGAACAAACGUGGACCGUACCGGCGAUCCAUUCUGUACCAUUUGCUUUGAUACUUGGGAAAAUGGCGAUCAUAGAUUGUGUGUUUUAAAAUGUGGCCAUAUCUUCGGCUACUGUUGUAUAUUCCGUUGGCUAACGGGCGAAGGAAAAACUUGUCCUAGUUGCAAAGCACCAAGUUCCGUGCAAAACAUUAGGUUUCUUUACCUGAAAAAGUUAAUUGUCACCGAUUACACUGAACUGGGACGGCUAAAGGAAGAACUUAGAAAGAUAAAGGAAGAGCAACGAGAGCUGGAAGUUGAGCACUCACGAGUGAUUUGCCGUGAGAACGCGCUUAAACAGCGAGCACACGAGCUAAAGAAGUACGCCGAAUGUUUAACCAAAGCUCUGGAACAGUCCCAACCGACAGCCGAGUUUAACGCUCGUGUUACUGCCAACCUCUACUUGGAUAAGUCGAUCGAGCUCUGCUGUAAUGGAGGUUGUCGAGUGCUCGAUUAUUGUAGGAGCGAUAAUGCAUUGGUGGCGUCCAUUGCAUCUGUCAAUCCGUUAUUCCCAGGUUUUGGGGUCCGAAAAAUUGAUGUGGAAACGUACAAGCGAACAGCGUACAUAGCUUUACAUUCGAAAGCAAUAAGAGACGUGAGAGUGCAUUCUGAAAUGCCACGGCUUUUGAGUGUUUCGCUGGAUAAGACUGCUAAAGUGAGCGACACUACAACGGAUUCUGUUGUCACUUACCAUUGUGACUCGCCUUUAUGGUCGUGCAGUUGGGACAAUGGAGAUUCGAAUUAUUUGUACGUUGGCACAAAUCAAGGAUCUGUGAAGAAGCUUGAUAUUCGCCAGUUCACUUUACCAGUUGCCACAAUGGAGACACCCGGAGAUAAGUGUCCAGUUUUGGCAAUUGUCUCUAUACCGCCGAAUUCUAACGAAGCCUUGCCUAAUGGUGGGCUUAUUACCUGUAAACUGAAUUCGGUGUGGUUAUUUGAAGGUGGCAGCCAACACGCUUCCUACUCACUACCUUUGGAGGGCCCGUUCACGUACAUGAUCUACGAUUUUAAUACACAACAGUUCUUAGUGUCUUCCAGACCGAACUCGCGUUGUUCGUAUUCACGACACUACCUCUGUCGACUUCAUAAUACACCAAGCGGUUUAUCGUGCCUUACCAGUCAGACUGUGAGAGGCAGCACGGUACAGACUUAUCUGUCUCGUUCGAGUUUCGUGACUUACAACUCCAACCAGUUCGUAGCGGCCUAUCAAGAAUCUGAACAGAACUUUUGCUUGUGGGACGUGAAUACCGCUAGGAAAGUUUGUUCGGCGGUUACCCGUGAUCCUAUUUUUGACAUAUGUAACGUAAAGACUAGUAAUAGUAAUUUUGUAGUUUCUUUAACUGAGAAAAAAAUUAUGUUUCAUAAAUUUGCAUAAGUCGAUUGUUAUGUUAUAAGUGUGUACCUAUAUCAAAUAACAUGAUUUGUAACAAGCUACCUAGCUUCCAAAAAUAAAACCAUAAAGGUUGUUGAUUUCAA